GUUCUCUCUCGCUAGGCGCAUUACGUUUACUCAUAAUGGGUGAUUACUGCGAGGCGGACCGAAUAGCUUUAAAAAGACUAGCUGAGGAGAGAAAAGCGUGGCGUAGAGACCACCCCUUUGGAUUUGUUGCCAAACCAGCGAAGAAUCCUGAUGGUACGCUUGACCUAAUGACCUGGGACUGCAGUAUUCCUGGUAAAAAAGGGACACUUUGGGAGGGAGGACUGUUUCAUCUUCGUAUGUAUUUUAAACCGGAAUAUCCGACAACUCCGCCAAAGUGCAAAUUUGAGCCUCCUCUGUUCCACCCAAACAUAUUCCCUUCGGGAACAGUUUGUUUAUCGCUUUUGGACGAAGAAAAGCAUUGGCGACCUGCAGUUACAAUUAAACAAAUUCUUCUAGGAAUUCAGGAUUUACUGGACCAUCCUAAUCCGAAGGAUCCAGCUCAAGCAGAGGCGUACUCCUUGUUCACCAACAGCAGAAAAGAGUACGACUUUAGGAUAAAAAAACAAGCUGAAGUGUUCCGUAACCCGAACUUGUAA